GCAAGUCAGAGGCAAGUGGAACGCGCAAGUGAUCCUAGGUGGUAUUUUAUAUCAAGGGGAGAGAAAGAGGAGAGCCGACGCGUCUGUCAGGCCCCGCUGCAUUCAAUGCAACCGACUGCCAGGGGGAGCCCCCGGGUUCCCAGUCCUGGCUCGUUGCGUCCAUUUACACCUCCGGACCUCUCCUCUAUACCUCAUAUGGACGGUACACCACCUCAGAACAGUGGUGUUCGUAACAGUUUCUCACCUGCGUCCGGUCGAGCCAACAAUGGAUCUCAAGAGCAAACAGGACCCUAUAUCAUCGGUAGUCCAAUCGACCUCGGGGAUAUCGAUAACGUCGACAAUAUCGGCCUACGAAUAGAUCCUCUGUCCAGUGGACGUCGGACUCGCGAACAUAUCGAGCUACAGGAAGCUGGGGCAACCGAGACGAAUUCCGAAGGUUUAAUAUCAUUCGUGCGGAGCUACCGUCAUCCCCUUUCAGCCCACCCCCGGCCGGAAUUGUCCUUGGCCCAGAGUCUACGAGCAACGAGGUUGUUUAUUGAUGCAACCUUACCGCACGUCCCCGUAUUAACGACAAAUGCUGGUGGAGUACAGCACGGUGCUGACGCCAACUUGUUGCCGGUGGCGAGCGCAUGCGUUUUCGGAGUAACACGUGCGCAGGGCUGUCGCAUUUCUUGGACAACCCCCGUUGAGACAGUGUUGUACCGAAUCAUUUGGGAACCCGUGUUCAGUGAAGAUAUUCAAUUUUCAACCCCCGGACAGUAGACCAUCAUCCGGAAGGAAGUGAUGUGAAAGACAUUUCAUCUGGCUAACAACAACAUGGAUGUAGCGUGUACGAAGGUGAUACAAUGGUUCAACGAA